CUCUCCCUCUCUCCUCUCUCCUCUCUCUCUCUCUCUUUUACUUUUCCCCCCCAAACCCAUAUUGCACUACAUGUUUGGGAAACAAGACAAAAUGGACGUUAGAUGCAAUUCCGAGAUUGAAACCAACCGGGUAUCCAAAAACGGACAUAAAGAAAACAAGGAAAGCAAAGGAUCCUCCGAAGGAAAUAUUUCGACUUCUUUUUUAAAGGAUCAACAAGGGACUUUUUCGGCUUCCGGGGUCUCAGAAGACUGCAGUAAAAAUAAAUCCAAUUCUGCUGACCCGGAUUAUUGCAGAAGGAUCCUAGUCCGAGAUGCCAAAGGUUCCAUAAGAGAGAUCAUUCUCCCGAAAGGGCUGGAUCUGGACCGGCCGAAACGGACCCGGACCUCUUUCACCGCGGAACAACUUUACAGGCUUGAGAUGGAGUUCCAGAGGUGCCAAUACGUGGUCGGACGGGAAAGGACCGAGCUGGCCAGACAGCUCAAUCUCUCAGAAACUCAGGUCAAAGUCUGGUUCCAGAACCGGCGCACCAAGCAAAAGAAAGACCAAGGCAAAGACUCGGAGCUGAAAUCGGUGGUGUCGGAAACGGCGGCGACUUGCAGCGUCCUGAGGCUGCUGGAGCAAGGCCGGCUGCUCUCCCCGCCGGGCUUGCCCAGCCUCCUUCCGCCUUGCGCCACCGGGGCCUUGGGCUCGUCCUUGCGCGCCCCAAGCCUCGCCAGCGGCACCGGCGGCUCAGGAUCGGGGACGACGGGCGCCUCCCCGCACCAGCCGGCCGUCAGCACCACCGCCGCCGGCGGACCAGCCCGCCCGUCCCCUCCGGGGGCUCACAACCUCUUCAGCUUGCCGGUGCCUACCCUGCUGGGCUCGGUGGCCAGCCGGCUCUCCUCUAACCCUUUAGCAAUGGCCGGCUCCCUAGCCGGGAACUUGCAAGAACUGUCGGCCAGAUACCUGAGCUCUUCUGCCUUCGAGCCCUACUCCCGGACGGCCAAUAAAGAAGGCGCGGAGAAAAAGGCGCUGGACUGACUCUCAGUGACUCUUCGUGUCUUUCUAUUUAUAGUAUCUAUUUGUGGCGAUUAUUUAUGAGGUGUCCACGCGUUAGGUGCCCUCUCCUUUUAUCCCGGCCUCGCCAUUCUUCGCCCCCCCCACACACACACAGAGCUUCUCGACACGACUUGGCCGCCUGGAAUCCUCUCUGUCUCUCUCUCUUUUUCCCGCCAACACGAGCGCAUCAAUGCCUCACCGAUCUGACUUGGAGGCGUCAGAUCAGUGAAACAAAUCGAUAACCAGCAACAAGGAAGCGACCCGCCAUAGCCAGACCUUGGCAGUAAACAGACCUAAGGCACCAGACACAACAUGCCAGGCACCGUUUGCUGGGUGGGUAGGCGGGCGGCCCGGGCGAGGGAGACCAAACUCCCUGCGUGUCCUGUCGAGGAAGGCCCGCGCUUCGUGGUCGUUUGGGAGAGAAUGAAGGGAAGGUGGGAGAAUGGCGGGAAAGGACAGAGCGGGAAAGAGGAGGUUUUGUUGUUUGCUGUGGUCGUUGUUUUGAAACAGGCACCUUUGACUUCACGUCGCGUCUCACAAAAAGCUGCGGAGAGGCUUUAGCGUUACUAUUUUUUUAAGAGCGAGCGCGAGGAGAGUUUUUAAGCGGGAAGGAUUGGUUGGCGCUUAAAUGUGCGCGCGAGAGAGGGCGCGUGCACGUAAAUGUACGCGCACG